AUGCCAGACCAAAAGAAAAGCAAAAAGAGCGGCGGCGCCAAAAGACAAGCCGACUCUGUCAUCACCGAUCCUCGUUUCGCCAAUAUCCAAACAGAUCCUCGUUACCGUCUACCUAGCAAACGGCAGACACAUGUGAAACUCGACAAACGUUUCGCGCACAUGCUGCACGACAAAGACUUUUCUCGGAAUGCCGCAGUCGACCGAUACGGACGGAAGCUCGCCCGCGAUGAUACGAAGAAGCAACUGGAGAGAUUCUACCGACUUGAGGGGGACGAGGAAGACGAGGAAGACAUGAGCGUGGCUGAUGACGAUGAGGUCCUUAAAGAGCUGAAGAAGGCGGAUAAGGCUAGUGGCACUUACGAUCCUGCGCGUGAUGGGGGCUUUUCGUCUUCGUCCUCGGAAGAGGAGAGCUCUGACGAAGAGGAGGACGAGGACGAUGAAUUUGGCCCGGGCGAGGAGCUUGAGUUUCCGGAUAAACAACAGAGCGGCGUCCCCACAGGUGAUGUGACGGAACGGAUUGCGGUUGUGAAUCUGGACUGGGAUAAUAUACGGGCAGAGGAUUUGAUGGCCGUAUUCUCUAGCUUUGUUCCUGCUGGUGGGCGGGUACUGAAGGUUUCUGUCUAUCCGAGUGAAUUUGGAAAAGAGCGCAUGGAGAGGGAGGAGACGGAGGGCCCUCCAAGAGAGAUUUUUACUGCGAAAGACGAUGACGACUUUGAAGGUUUCGAAGAUGACGACUCAGAUGUCGACUCAGAUGAGGAAGAGGAGGAGAUUAAAAAGUCAAUGUUGAAAGAAGACAAGGGCGAGGAGUUCAACUCUACGGAAUUACGCAAGUAUCAAUUGGAGCGACUACGCUACUACUAUGCUAUUUUGACUUUCUCGAGCAAGGAUGUGGCGAAGCAUGUCUACGAUUUGGUCGAUGGCGCCGAGUAUCUGUCGAGCGCAAACUUCUUUGACCUUCGUUUCGUCCCCGACGACACCGACUUUUCCGAUGAUAAGCCUCGUGACGAAUGCAAACGGAUUCCAGAUGGUUAUCAGCCUAAUGAAUUCGUGACCGAUGCGCUGCAGCAUAGCAAAGUUAAGCUGACCUGGGACAUGGAAGAUAAAUCACGAAAGGAGGCUCAAGCACGGGCGUUCCGAGGUAGCCGAAAAGAAAUUGAUGAGAAUGACUUGAAGGCUUAUCUCGCCAGUGAUAGCUCCUCUGAGGACGAGGAUGAGGAUGGCGGAGUGGAAGUUGUGGAUACUACAAAAGAUGACGGCGGAAGUUCUAAGAAAAUCUCAAAGAAAGAAGAUGAGAGACAGCGUAUGCGCGCUCUCUUAGGACUGGGUACGGAGCCAGCACCUUCCUCUAAGUCCGACGGCCCUGUUGGCGAAAUGGAAGUCACGUUUACCUCGGGCCUGGCCGGCGGCUCCAACAAAGACAGCAUUUUUGAGAAUGAACCCGAGAAAGACGAGACUACGAUCGAGAAAUAUAUUCGCAAGGAGCGUGAGAGGAAGAAGCGGAGAAAGGAGAAGUUGAAGGCGACCAAGAAGGGUGACACUGAGGCCGAUGAACAGGUUGAUGCACCUGAGCCGGAAGAGAAACCUCAGGAGGAAGAUCUGGGCUUCAAUGAUCCAUUCUUUGACGACCCCUCUGGUAAGGAAUCUGCUGCAGCUCGCCGCAAAGAGGAGAAACGGAAGAAGCGGGAGGAGCGUGCUGCGGAGGAAGCUGCAGCCGCCGCUAAGCGAGCCGAGCUCGAGCUGUUGAUGAUGGAUGAUGAAAACAAGAACAUCAAGCACUUCGACAUGAAUGAGAUCGAAAAGGCAGAGAAACAAGCCCGUAAAAAGGGCAAGGGUAAGGGCAAAGGCAAGCAGGCGGCACAAGUGGUGGACGACUUCCAAAUGGAUGUCAGCGACCCGCGUUUCGCUCGUUUGUUCGAGAGCCAUGAAUUUGCUAUUGAUCCUACCAACCCUCGCUUCAAGGCGACAUCUGGUAUGAAGCAAUUGCUGGACGAAGGACGCAAGCGACGUAGGAACCGGGACGACCGUGCGGACGAGGAAGAGGUCAGCCGCAACGAUCAGAAGAAGACAAAAAAGCAGAAGAAGAGCGAAUCCACUGAAGGUGGAUCAGAGGAUCUGAAAAAGUUGGUGGACAAAGUGAAGCGGAAGACACAGAAGAGUUGA